GCGGAUAAGGAAUAUGUUAACGAUGAGUUAAUGAAGAAGGCAAAUUUGGUUUAUGUUGAUGAAAAAGAUAAUGAAAUUAAAGAAAGGGUUGAAUGGUAUCAUGAAUGGACAUCAAAGAUUUUAAAAACUAAAGCCGAUACAGGAUGGGUUUCAGGAUGUUUAGACCUUAAAGCGGAUAAGGAAUAUGUUAACGAUGAGUUAAUGAAGAAGGCAAAUUUGGUUUAUGUUGAUGAAAAAGAUAAUGAAAUUAAAGAAAGGGUUGAAUGGUAUCAUGAAUGGACAUCAAAGAUUUUAAAAACUAAAGCCGAUACAGGAUGGGUUUCAGGAUGUUUAGACCUUAAAGCGGAUAAGGAAUAUGUUAACGAUGAGUUAAUGAAGAAGGCAAAUUUGGUUUAUGUUGAUGAAAAAGAUAAUGAAAUUAAAGAAAGGGUUGAAUGGUAUCAUGAAUGGACAUCAAAGACUUUUAAAGUUAAAGCCGAUACAGGAUGGGUUUCAGGAUGUUUAGACCUUAAAGCGGAUAAGGAAUAUGUUAACGAUGAGUUAGAGAAGAAGGCGGAUAAAACAUAUGUUAACGAAAUAUACCAAAGUUUGAUAGGAACAAAAAAUAUUGAAACUAUUGUUGGUGAUUUUUCUGUCAAUGAAGAAAAUAAAUAUUUUAGAUGGCAGUUUGUACACUCCUUAAAAAAUGGUACACAGUGUAAACUCAUUCCGAAAAAUAACAAUGAAAUGUAUGUAAGCUAUAAAAAGAAUGAUGGUACACAAGUUAAAGUUCCAUUAGACAACAACUGCUACUUAAACUUAUAUGGAGACGAACAAAAGAAAUAUUUAAGAGUUUAUGAAAUGGUAGAUAUGACAUUGCCUGACCCAGCUCCAGCACCAUAUUAUUAUGACUAUGGAGAUGACGACAGAACACCACGUGUAGAUGAACAAAAGCUAACAUUAUAUUUAGAUUAUUAUAGAUAUAAAAGAUAUAAUGCAAUAGAAAAAACGAGAAUAGUAUAUUAUUAUACAGAUGACAGAAAUAAAUAUUAUAGUCAAGAUUUUACCUACCCUGAAAACAUAAGAUUAUAUUAUAAAAAAUAUUCUGACACAAACCAGAAGAAACCAGAAAUAGUUGCACUAUAUUUUAAGUUCAAA